AUGGCUUUUAGGCUCAUGAUCCAGAUUUGGCAGCAACAAGCACAGAUCAACAUGGACUCCCCAGUGAAGGCUCAGAGGGGGAGGGAAGCUGUGUCACCAGCAGCAGCCCCUGAUGGAGGCUACGCUUGGUUCAUCCUGCUCUCCUGCUUCCUCGUCUUCGGCCUGACCUUUGGAGUCAUUAAGGCCUUUGGUGUGUUCUACUUUGAGAUACAGCAAUACUUUGAAACCACAGCAACAGGAACAUCUUGGAUUACAUCUAUUGCCGUGGGUACCCUUCACGUCGUUGCCCCUGUAGCAAAUGUUCUGAGUGCUCGCUACAACCAUCGCUCUGUCGUGGUAGCGGGAGGACUACUAUGCAGCGUAGGAGUCGUGUUUGGGGCUUUUGCACGUAACCUGAUUGAACUCUACUUAACAGUGGGGUUCCUAAAUGGUUUGGGCUAUGCAAUGACAUGGACCCCCACAGUUACUAUGCUGGGCUUGUACUUUGAGAAGAGGCGUCCGAUGGCGAACGCCUUGGCCAGCACUGGAGAGUGCAUCCUUACUUUUGUCCUCACACCCUUAUUUCAGCUGUUGAUUAACAGCUACUCCUGGAGGGGUGCUUUGCUAAUCUUGGGAGGUCUGCAGCUUAACCUCUGUGUGUGCGGAAUGCUGCUGAGGCCCCUACAAGCUACCAGAGACGUGAAUUGUGAGGUCAAAGCAGAGGAGGAAGAUUUGUCCCUGGAAUUGCUGCCCAAAGACAACUCAGAGCAGAGCAAUCCAAGCUGCCCGGAGACGGAGGAGCUGAAAAUAUCUAGGGUUUCUGAUCACGUGACAAUCAGGGCAUGUUUUGAGGACCCUGAAGAGAUACCUAAUACAACCAUGAAGGCACAAGACUCAAACAAUAGGACUAACAAGACUGAACUAACGACUAAAAUCCUUCGCUACGUAGAUUACACCCUCAUCACCAAUGCUCGAUUCAUGGUCUACUCAAUGUUUGGGGUGUUUGCUGCGCUGGGUUUCUUUGCCCCAGCUCUGUUCCUGGUUCCAUAUGCUCGUGGUAAGGGCAUUGAGGAGUACCAGGCGGCUGCACUCAUGUCCAUCUCUGCAGCGUUUGACCUGUUUGGAAGGGUGUUCUUUGGCUGGGUGGCAAACUUGAGACUGGUGGAGACGGUGCAGCAGCUUACAGUCACAGUAAUUCUGCUGGGUUCUGUGUUACUCCUCUGCCCGCUGGCCUCCUCGUUCUCAGAGCUGGCUGCUUUCAGUGCAGUGUACGGCCUGGUGUACGGUGCCACGGUCGCCAUCCACAUCACCGUGCUGGUUGAGGUUGUGGGCGUCAAAAGGCUCGGAAGCGCCCUGGGGUUCUUCAUGCUCAUACGCAGUAGCGGAGGCCUGCUUGGACCGCCUAUUGCUGGAUUCUUCAUAGACCAGAUGAGUGAUUACGGAACAGGUUUCCUCAUGGCAGGAGUGGCUCUCAUUGUCUCUGCUCUGUUCCUGCUCCUCCUCCAUCAGAUGAACCGCAGGGGUCAGGGGUCGACCACUAAGAAGCAUGAUAUGCAUACGGACAAGAUGGGACAAAGCGUCAGAGCUGAAGCCAGAGAGCUGGAUAUGACAUGA